AUGCCUCACAAGCACAAGAGAAGGGAGAGGGAUGACUCCCACUUCGACCUCCCGCCAUCGGUGAUCGCUAAAGCACUACCAGUCCGCGAACAGCAACCCAAGCCCAAGCCCGGAAAAAAGCCACAGCCAAAGCAGCAGCAGCAGCCCAAGGGAAAAGCCCCGAAUGCCCCUGCUACUUCCCGGCGCAAGAAUGCCACGGAUAACGACACCCCCAAGGCUUUCCAGCGGCUGAUGCAAUACACAGCCAUGGGAAAGCGCCCCUCGGGACUGGAGACGGGAGAAAAGAAGCAGAAGCAAGACAACAAAAAGCGGAAGCGCGAAGCAGGAGAUACCCAGGAUGAGUCGUCAAAGAAGCCUGCGCAGGCGAAACCUCAAAAGACCGAAACCACCGACGACAAGGAAGCUAAGAGGGUCAUGCCUAAGAUUAUGCCUGGAGAGAGGCUGGCUGAUUUUGCUGCACGUGUUGACCGUGAAAUGCCACUUUCUGCGAUGACAAAGUCCAGCUCGGGUGGGCCCAAGGUCCGCGACCAUAAGAUGACCAAGCACGAGAAGCAUCUGCGACGACUACAAGCGGGCUGGCGUGAGGAGGAUGUUAAGAUCAAGGAGCGGGAACAGGCUGAGCGUGAGGAGCGUGAAGCUGAGAUGGAAGAGCAGCUUGAUAUUCUGAAGGAGUGGGAGGCUGAAGCACGGGGCGGAAAGGCCAAGAAGAAGGGAACAGUCCCGAAAAAGAAGAAGAAGGCUGGUGGUGCUGAGGAUAGUGGUGAUGAUGACCCCGAUCCAUGGGCAAAGCUGAAGAAGCGGGAUAAGGAGAGACAGACCAAUCCGUUUGAUGUUGCACAGGCGCCACCACAAUUGACGAAACCCAGGGAGGUUUUCAAGAUUCGUGGUGGAGCUCGGGUUGAUGUUGCCAACGUGCCGAACGCUGUUGGUAGCUUGAGACGUCGCGAGGAGCUGGCAACCGAGAGAAAGAACAUUGUGGAGGAAUAUCGGCGUCUGAUGGCCGAGAGACGCCAGUGA